GAGGUUUUAAGGCAGGUAGACAACAUCCUGUUGUUAGGGCGCUCCCCUCUCUUUUUUGCACAUCUGGCUGAACUGGGAGUCAGGUGGCUGACUCGUGCCUGGUUGCCAUCCCUUCAACCGUCCCACGCCUCGGCCCGCCCAAGAGUCCACCAAGCCAUGGAUGCGGUGACUGUGUAUCAUGGCAAAAUCAGCCGGGAGACCGGGGAGAAGCUCCUGCUCGCCACGGGUCUGGACGGCAGUUAUUUGCUGAGGGACAGCGAGAGUGUCCCGGGCGUGUACUGCCUGUGUGUGCUGUAUCAAGGUUACAUUUAUACAUACCGAGUGUCCCAGACAGAAACAGGUUCUUGGAGUGCUGAGACAGCACCUGGGGUACAUAAAAGAUUUUUCCGGAAAAUAAAAAAUCUCAUUUCAGCAUUUCAGAAGCCAGAUCAAGGCAUUGUAAUACCUCUGCAGUAUCCAGUUGAGAAGUCUUCAGCUAGAAGUACACAAGGUACUACAGGGAGAAGAGAAGAUCCCAAUGUCUUCCUGAAAGCACCAUGAAGAAAAAUAAAAUACCUUGUACUUUAUUUUGAAUAAUUUAAGUAUAUGCUAAGUCUUAUAUAUUGUAGAUAAUACAGUUCAGUGAGCUACAAAUGUAUUUCUAAAACCAUCCAAGUCCUGUAAUGGAAGCAUCUAGCAUGAUGUUAAAGCUGAAAUGGACUUUAUAGAUAAUGAGGAGCUUUGAAAUGAGGAUUGGGAAAAAAUAAUUCCACAGGUUAUUUUCAGUUAUUUACAAAUGGGAAAUGAUUUAAAACAUAAUGAUACUUUAUAAAAGAUUAAUGUCGAUUCUUGCCAAAUAUAAAUAAAAAUAAUCCUCAGUUUUUCUCAAAAGCACCAUUUUUAGUGAAAUAUUAUUUAAUAGCUACUGAUUUUAAAAUGUCUUGC